CGCUAUACUGCUAACUGCAGCUAACCAGCUGACAGACAAGAACAAGCUCGAAUCCUAACAUUAUUUUCGGAGCCAACGGGGAGCUUAGAUCUUUCUAAAUUUGUGCUGAUAGAUUAAACAUCUUUAUCAGGAGCUGGGUUUCCAUUGACCCUCCAUAAAGGAGGCUGCUGCCUUUUAACAACAUCAUUCAGCAGAUCGGAUGUGUUUGUUGUUAGCAGCCUCAGUGCCCCCCGCCUGCUACCUGCUACCAGAAUUUUAUCUUUUUUAAUUUGUCUGCUUGCUUACGGAAGUUUCCCCCUCUGGUAUGCGCCUAACCCCACAUGCUGGACCUGCCCUCAGCCCUCAGGAGCCAUGAAGCUGCAGUGCGAUGUGGAGGUGGUAAACCGGAUGCUCCCCUCGUUCGGAAUGAAAAGUCGGGGGAAGGGAGCGAGAGCGGUGGUCUCCAUCGGAAAGCACUUGGACAAGUCGAGUCAGCGCAGUAACAUCUACAUGCUGAUCUGCACAGCCAAAGACAGAAGCGGCUCAAAGUAUAAGUUAAGAGACAACAUCGAGAAGUUCUUCACGUGGUUUGUGGAGGAGGGCAAAGCGACUGUGAGGUUAAAAGAACCGGCUGUUGACGUUUGUUUAAGCAAGGCCGACGCCAAUAGCUUGAAGAACUUCCUCUCAGCAGCGCGCUUCGCCGACCGAGGGAGUGACACCAGCAGCCUUCCUCUGUCCACGCUUACUCCCGUUCGCGCCAGAGAUGUGGAACAGCCAAAGAAGAAGCUUUCGGUCAUGUCCAAAAAGGAUUAUCCUCUCACCUCCAACUUCCCUUAUUCUCUGGAGCAGUUGCAGGUGUCUUACUGCAAACUGUCACGGGUGGACAUGCGCAUGCUGUCGCUCAAAGCUCUACGCAAGCUGGACCUGAGCAACAACCACAUCAAGAAACUCCCUGCCACCAUCGGCGACCUGAGCUGCCUCUCUGAACUCAUCCUUCACAACAACCAUCUGGAGGCCUUCAGUGAAGCCCUGUGCUUGUCCACGUUGCAGCAGACCCUCCAGGUCCUGGACCUGAGCCAGAACCGGCUGCAGUCGCUGCCCGCCCGGUUCUGUCAGCUCAGAGAACUGAUAAACCUCAAGCUGGAUGACAAUAAGCUUGUAGGCCUGCCGUUACAAAUCGGCCGCCUCUCAAAGUUGAGGUUCCUGUCUGCUGCGCACAACCAGCUGACUGUUCUGCCAACAGACUUCUUCAAGCUGAGUCUUGAGAACUUGGACCUGUUUGGAAAUCCGUUUAUCCAGCCCAACCCUUUGGACCACACCAUGAAACUUUCCUUCCCUCUUCCACUACAGGAGAUCGCCUCCAGAGCUGUAGCUGAUCUCAGAAUCCCGUACGGCCCUCAUCUCAUCCCCGCCCACUUGUGUGGAGACCUCGAAGCAGCCAAGACGUGCGAGUGUGGGCGCGUCUGCAUCAGCUUCUACAUAAAGACGGCCGUGAGCAUGAACCUGCACCAAGUGUCUCACACGGUGGUGUUGGUGGACGACAUGGGAGGCACGGAUGCUCCGGUGCAGCAGCACUUUUGCUCCCUCUCUUGUUACUCUGAGUUUUUAGACAGCUGUCUUCAGCGAGGCCUGAGAUGAGAAAACCACAGAACAUUUUAUCUUCAGCAUUCAAAGAUUACAGUGGAGGUAGCAGCAGAUGUUACGCUGGUGGGGAGAAUUGAAGAGGCAGCUGCGGAAGUCAGAACCACGGACCAGUGUUUUUUUUGUUUUUAUUUUUUUAAAGCUUCAUUUCCUUUGUUUACAUUAAGCGUAGAACUUUCUCAGUUCACAUCAGAGUAGUGAUGACUGUUUAAAACAAUGCAAUAACGCUGCACUUGCUGCUGAAUCUUUAGCAGGCUCUUUUUCUCCUUUUUAUGAGACUUGAUGUUCCUCUACUGACCUACAUUGCUAAGACAGGGGAAUAAGGAAAUAAGAACAGCGCCUCAGGGUCCACAAAGCAGCACCGGGGGGAAUCAGUUAUUAUUAGAGAUGCACUGAUUCUGGCCGAUUCCAGUUUGGAAAGAUUCCUACAACAUAAGUGAGGAAAGCAAAUGUGCUGCAGGUUCUAAAUGAAUGUAGGAGUGCUGAACUCCUCAGAAAACAAUAGAUGCAUUAAAGCAUCUAUUCCUACCAUUGAAAUGAUUUUCACUAAAAAUCAAAAAAGUGCCUCAAAGUACAUGACCAUAGCUUUUGUGUUUAGAGACUAAAAAAUGGGCUGAUUUCAUCUUUUUGAUCCAUUUUUAAUAGUCAUAUUUUUCCACACUCGACCCUCUGAUUGGACGCUUUCAGUAUUUGAACACCUGAUGCAUCUACAUUUCUUAUGCUUGUAAAGUUUGUCAUAUAUUUUUAAAUACAUAA